CAAAUUUCGUGUUAUAAAUUGCUUUUGGUGAAACGAAAAACUCGCGUUUUAUUAUUAUUUCCAAAAUUUUGGAAAAAAUAGUGACCGCUUACAUAUUGUUUAAAAACAACAUCGUUUGGACAUUUCUCUAAAGUUGGGUAACAUCAGAAAAUUCAGAGAAGGAUUAAGUGAUAAAUAAAGUAGGUAACAAUGUCCCUCUCCAGUCGAGAGUGGGAGGACCUGAAAUCACUGCUGGACAAAGCAGUUCACAAGUUCCUCGGCUUCACAGAACAAUCGCUAGUUACAGCAGCUCUGAACUGUAUUGACAAAGGAUAUGACAAAAAGAAAACGAUCAGCAAACUUGAAGUAUUUUUGGAUGACAGACAAGCAGAGAAAUUCUCUGAAAAGUUAUUUGAUGUGUGGGAUGACUACAGGAAUAAAAGUCAGCGUAAAAAGAGAAAGGACGGAGAAAGAGAGAGGGAUGAAGCCUCUGAGAAGAAAAAGCGGAGAUUUGUGGAUGAUGGACCGGUGGAAAUGCCCGUUAUUCCAGGUCCUGGGAAUCCAAGUCCAGGCCAGCUGACAGGGGACAAGAUAAAAGAAAUGAUGGCUAAUGCUAAAUCAAUGAUCAACGAGAGGAAGACACAGUUGUCAGCCAUGAUGCCUGCUCCACCACCUAAACCAUCAUUGGGAGGCUUGUCUCACAACGAAAUCCUGAUGAAUGAGGCACUGGAGAAAGUGCGAAGAGCUCAAGAACUGCAGGCCAAGAUACAGAAUCAGAUGUCUGGUCUUAUGCAGGGUAAAGGAGGUCAGCCCCCAGCAAUUCCUACCAAACCUACCCCGUUGAUCCUUGAUGCUGAAGGUCGAACGAUUGACGCCAAAACAGGACAGACGGUUCAGCUGACCCAUCACACACCAACCUUAAAGGCCAACAUCCGAGCAAAGAGAAGAGAACAGUUUAAAGAACUGAUAGAAAAACCAACAGAGGAGAUCACCGUGGGGAAAUACUUUGAUCCCAGAGUCGGCGCAAGGCAAGCUCAGAGGCCAAAACGAGGAUUCAAGUUCCACGAGCAAGGAAAAUUUGAGGCAGUUGCCUCCAGACUUCGUGCCAAGGCUCAACUGGAGAUUCUACAAACUGAAAUUGCACAAGCUGCCAAAAAGACAGGUAUCGCUUCUGCAGCAAAACUAGCCACCAUUGCACCAAAGAAAGAGCUGAGAGAGGGGGAAAUCCCAGAAGUGGAAUGGUGGGACAGCUUCCUCCUGCCCAUGGACAGCUAUGAGGGGAUCGAGGACCGGCUGACGGACGGACAGUUUGAUGGAAUAACCCACCUAGUGGAACACCCCAUACAGCUCAAACCUCCAAAUGUACCUGAAAAAGAACCACAAGUCCCUGUUUAUCUCACAAAGAAAGAGAGAAAGAAGUUACGACGACAGAAUCGACAAGAAAAUCAGAAGGAGGUCACAGAAAAAAUUCGCCUUGGGCUUAUGCCUCCACCAGAACCAAAAGUUCGCAUGGCUAACUUGAUGAGGGUAUUAGGAACUGAGGCAGUACAGGACCCUACAAAAGUCGAGGCCCAUGUCAGAGCACAAAUGGCAAAAAGACAGAAAGCCCAUGAGGAGGCUAAUGCUGCUCGCAAGCUGACAACGGAACAGAGGCGGACAAAAAAGGAGAAAAAACUGAAGGAGGAUACCAGCCUUGGGGUUCAUGUGUCUGUCUAUAGGUUACGAGAUUUGACAAAUCCGGCAAAGAAGUUUAAGAUUGAAGCCAACGCCAAGCAGCUCUUCAUGACGGGGAUAGUCAUCAUGCACAAGGAAUGCAACGUGGUGGCGGUGGAGGGAGGGCCCAAACAACAGAGGAAAUUCCGGCGACUGAUGCUCCAACGAAUCAAGUGGAACGAGGACAAGCACAAGAAGUCUGCAAAGGAUGACGAUGACAGUGAUUCAGAGGAGGAGCAGGACAAAUCAAACAAAUGUGUUCUAGUGUGGGAGGGCACUACCAAACAGAGAGCUUUCACAGACUUCAAGUUCAAAGUGUGCCCCACAGAGGCGUUCGCCCGAGAGCAGUUUAAGAAGUGUGGGGUGGAGCAAUACUGGGACUUGGCAUUCAGUGGUGCGGUGUUAGAAUCCACUCAAGACGAAGACUUUUUAUAGCCAGUAAACGGGACUUUCAGUGAUACAGUGUUUUGAGUCCUGGCACCUGGGAGGAGGACUUUUUAGGGCUGGUAAAUGGUGCUUCUGUUGAUGUAAAAUCCAAUGUUAGAGACACAGUUAUUUACCACUUCAAUUGAAAUUAUAAAUAUGUUGUGAGAAGAAAGGGUGUGCAAGAGUUAAGGUUUUGAAAGAGAAAUGUGUUAUCAUCAUAAUCUAUGUUCUUGAUGCAGCAAUGUUAUCAUUUUAAUGAAGUACGAAAUUAAAGAACUGAAGAAUAUUUGUGAAACUUGUGAGGAAGACUGUCAAAUUUCACCUUCAUGGAAAUGGUUCUGCAAAUAGAAUAAAAAGAGGAAUGACAAAUUUGACUUUAAUUAUGUCUUAUCAAAUAAAUUCAUCCUAUAAUCAUA